AGCCCAAAUUCCUCACAAUGAAAGCGUUCCCCCUGGUCGUUGCCCUGUUCCUGGGAGUUCUGAGUAUCACGCAAGCACAACGCGAAACCUCCCUGCGGGUAAUCGAUGCCUUACGCGAACUACAUCCCGCCUAUAAGGAGCUGCGUGACGUGGUAGUGAAUGCAGUGGCCGGUGCGAAACUCAACAGCUCCGAGGUGGUGUACAAGUUCAACGUGGACAUUGCGGCACGCAAAGAAUCGUUCAUGCAGACGGCCAUCAAAUCGGAAGCGGGCGUACUGCGGCAGGUAAACGGGCAGUCUGUAAGCGUCGAUACGAGCUGUCUCGGCUUUCUUCGCCAAAGUGUGGACGUGAACAUGAACCUGGCCGGUGUGUCGUUUACAAACUGUCUGAACAACGUCGACGCUUCGCUUUCGUCGGAAAUCAUCCGUGUGUACAACGAGCUGCAGGUGAACGAAACCUCCUUCGUGAAUCUGAGCGUGUACGAUGUGUUCCGCGGUCAGAACGUAUUCGUCAACCCGCAAACGAUCGUCGACCGGUUGGUGGAGAAACUGUCCUCCGUGCAGCAGGCCCCGGCCGAACUAACGCAAGAGCUUGCCCAGUUGGUGGAUGCGUUCGAGGGACGGCUCGGUGAUGUACGUGCCGCCUACACCAGCUGUCUGACGAUGAACGACCAACUGUUGCAGAACACACUGCAAACGGUAUUGCAACAGCUGCAACAGAUCUGUCUGGGUGCGCUACUGCCGGCAACUGCUGAACCUACCGAGGGAACGGAAGAGCCCGCACCAACCGAACCGGCCACGGAACCAGCGACGGAGGUACCAACCGAAUCGGAAGCACCACCAGCAGAGGUAGAAGAGACGGAUGUUCCGAGUGAACCGCAACCGGAACCAUCUACCCCGGAGGCGGCUUAUGGCGAAGCGUUGUAA